AGUGACGACUGGAGGAGGUUUGACCAGCUGAGCUGAAGACUAUCAGAAUAGGUCCAGGCAAAAGUAAUGUGUAUCGGUCACGCUGGGUGGUCGUCCUUGUCAGCGAGAUGACGCGACGCAUUGGACGCACAGAGUGCACCUGGACAGGUAGUUAGGAGCGCGUGCUUCUCAGGACGGAGAGCAGCCAAAUCCUCGGGACCAGGACCAGUGUUGUAAAUUAAUAAGGGCCCGGGAUGCCCAAGGAAACGAGGGGGGAUGCUCAAGGGUGCGUAGGGGAGAGAGAACGCACCUCCCGUCCAGCCAGUAAAAAUGCUAAGGACAAAAGCAACAGCGCCACACUUUUGGCCUCGAAAGCAAGAGCACACACUGAACAGGAAACUAAUGGCCGUGACUCCCGCUGCUCUGAGAAAGACUCAGGCUACUCAGACACUGGCUCAGACUCCUUGCAGACAGAUGCAGAUGACCAGCAGAGAAGUGUGAAUGAGCCUCAGGGCCGCAAGUGUUUGGGUGGGGCAGAGAAGGUCCCCCUACAGGGAAGCCACCUCCUGGUGUCUGGGACCCCUGAAUUCGCUCCCAUAUUCAUUAUUAAGAACGUGGUGUUGAAGCAGCCCGGGCAGUCUAGUCAGAAGCACAUCCUUCCAUCGUCUCUGUCUUGGGGUGGAGGUGCUACAAGCAAUCAGGGUCCCACCCAUGUUCUUUUGCUGCAACAGCCUGGGAUCAAUCAGAGUGCCCCAUUGCACAUUGCCAAACCACAGCUGCAGAGAACCGAGAGCAAGGGUGGAAAGAAGAGCAAAAACACUUACCUCCCAAUUCUUAACUCAUAUCCUCGAAUCGCGCCGCACCCAAGUAAGAAAAACCCAGAGAAGCCUUCAGUCAGCAGGGGAGGUAACACCGAGGAUCACAGCCUGAGUAAGAGAGUAUGUACAGAGGAGAAGCGAGAUGAGGUGUCCACCACCACGCAAGCACCCAAGCAGCAUCCGCACAAGCAUCCAGAGAACAACACGCUGUUACACUCGCAUUCCCUCUCGCGAUCGCUGUCCACGGCCCGUGAGACUCUUCUGGCUUCUCACCAACACCGGAGCCCGUGCCGUCCAUCUAGUCCCUCCCCCUCCCUCAGUGUGAGCUCACCAUCAGUCUCAAGCACUCAGACUCUUUCGCCGCCCUCUUCCAAUGACCUGAAUCCCCCUCUUACCCAGGCCAGAAAAGAGUCCCAUAAGCAUUGCCAAGGAACGGAUGCCAACUCUGGAAAAGGAUCAAGCACCCUCAAAGGAACAGCACGGCAUCGACGCUUCCUUAACACAGUGGAGAUCCUGAGCCAGUCAGGACUGCUCGACAUCACCUUGAGGACACAGGAUCUGCUGCAGCUAAACGCCUCCACAGAGCGAGACAUAGCCCAGCUCCGCCAACAUGUCCAGCUACUUUGCCAGGCCGCCCAAGCGGGUGCUGAUUCGCCUGUGGCCUGGGAGAAGCUCCAUCAGGUCAUGGCUGAGUCUGGGCACUAUCCCAGCCUCAAGUGCCUACCUAAAGACAGCAAUGAUGGAGGGGAUCAGUCUCAAUCAAAGGUUGAGGUAGAGGUAGCCACCAGCACCAAGCCUGAUACUCCUGUCAUAUAUGGUUAUGGACUUAAUGGGACUGAAGUGGUGGCACCCCCAUCUCCUAUACUAGCUCCCAUGCCUGAUGCAGAAUGGCUGUCGACAGGUCAGCAUGAUGAUAGUACCGGUACUCCCGAGCAAUGUAGAGUGCACAGAGGAAAAGCCAGUUCAGUGGAAGAGCUUAUAAUGCCUCCAGACAGCUCAACACAUGGAAACCUGCUUUAGGCUGCAGAAAGUCGCUGAGCACUUGGCUUUCACAGGGGAAACAGCAAUAGAGACUCACAAUACUAGCUUUAAAGCUUCAGAGGUUUUAUGUCAUUGGGCCAUAUGCUAUCUCCAUGGUAACUCAGGGCUAUGCUCAAGGAUGGCGGCUCAACUAUGCUGUGUGCCAUCUUCCUGUCGAUCAUGUUACUUCUCCUGUGCAUCAGCAAUCACUCAAAGUGGCUGAUAAGAUAUAUGCAGAAUUGAACGCACAUGCUAGAGACUGCCACUUGUUUUGUAACCCUUCUGAAAAGACUUGCUUAACCAGCAUGCAUUUCCCAAUGGAAAGCUGGUCUAGGGCCCCGUUUACACCUGGUAUGAAGAUGUGUUUUGGGCAAUCCUUUUGAAAUGGGACAACGCUAAAGACAGGUGUAAACCUGAUCCAAAACAUUUUGAGAUUUGUCCACUUCGUGGUUGAAUGUGGUUGAAAACGAAUGUGCCGGUUACAUGGGCUUUGAAAGAAAAAAUGAAAAAUUGCAUACAUAUACCUGCACAAGAACUUCAUGGAACUCUUUCCGUAUGCUUGAUAUCAGCAUGCAGUGACACAGAUGAGAAGCACACACAUCUGAAGCUCAGUUAAGACAGGUGCUCUGUGAAAAUAACAUAAUUUUUAUCUAAAAGUCAUGUUUGUGCUUUAUAUUAAUUGCAAGUGUACGUGAAAGAAAUGGUGCUGAAAUUUUUUUGCACUUUUUUUGUUUGUUGUUCUUUUACACUUUCGCAUUUAAAGGCCCCGAUGUACUUUCGGGGAAGCUCUUCUUCUUUAAGGGGUAAAAAGAAGUUCAAAACAGCAGAGCAACGGUAUACUGUUUGCAAACAUUCAGACUCCCGCCACACCACUGUGGGAGGCGUUUAGAAGUACAAUACAUUUAAAUAUGAGGAUGCUCAGUAAAACCUUAACUAAUGAUACAUUAAAAUGUGUUAUAAAUGACUUAAUGCUUCAUUCUAUGAGUAGAAUUCACAUGUCAGAUCAGUAAAAGAUGCUUUUUUAACCACUCGAUGAUGAUUUAAAGUAAUAUAAAUGCAGUAGAAAAUGUGCAAUUUGUCUUGGUUACAUUCGGAAUUCAUGAUGCUAAUGCGCUAACACACUAUACCAUCAUAUGCACCGAUUACUCUCUGUUAUUGUAAUUUAUGAUGACACUGAUACAACUGCAAAGAUUGGUGUAUAAAAGAGUGUUAUUGGGAAGAAUACAGACAAAAGAAUGAAGAUAGGCAUACCUUAAUAUGGGCAGAUGUGUAAAUGGCUUUCGCUGCAGAUGGGUGAAGCAGCAUAUAAAACAAAAAGAGUGAAUGGGCACUUAAGAGUAGUAGUAGAUUUGAUUCCUUUUGUAGACUAAUUAAACAAACAAAAACAAAAAAUGUAUAAUGCAAACAAUCGGACUGAUGUAGGUAAAUUUGCAUCAGCUCGCUAAUAACUGCACACCGGUGUGUUCAUGUUGACUGGUCUUAACUGACUGAAUGCCGUGAACGGGAAUUAGCUGCCGGCCUCAAUGUAGGCGGAGCUCCAGGUCACACCUACCGGUAAUGUGGACCAAUGGCAGUAAGAAGGUGUUUAGCAGCCGGUAAGAAGUUUUCCUAAAAAUUCACCCAGGCGAACUAACGAACCACAGAAACAAACUCCAAAACAUAAUUUAGAACCAAAUCUGGCCAAAAAGGUGUACCACCCGUUCGUUCUUCGAUUUCGUAUAUCGGGGCCUCAAUUAUGAUGCAGUAAUACACUGACAUAAUGAUUGAUGUAUGUCGUCAUGGAAUCAUGGUCAAUAGAGAUGCAUAUUACCUAGCGUAAACAGUAUAGAUUCGCGCUUGAUGACUUGUGAUCCGAUCGCCCAAAAUGCAAUACCAGCUUUAAACAGGCCCUAGGUUGGUUUAUGCUGUUCAGUGCUGGUUUGGUGUUGGUCUUGCUGGUGGGCCAGCAUAGCCAUGUUGAAUGUUUUUCUGGUAAUGCUGGGUUAACCAAGGAAGCCUUGCUGGUUAAGCUAGUCAAAAAGUCUUGUUGGAACACCAGCACACCAGUGAUGUGGACCAGUAUUGAAAACACAACAUAUGCUGGAGACCAACAAUGCUGUUUUUUUUUUGUUUUUUUUUAAACAGGGCAGAAUGACGACGUUACCUUGCCCCAUAAUCAAACCAAGAAAUAUCUUUAGCUCGUAGAUGGCCAUUUUGCAAAUGUACUUUUGAAUGGCACUCUUUAUGCAUAGUUGAUCAGUGAGGAAUCACACAUGACAAUCUGCUUCCUGCUUUAUGUUGCUUUAUAUCACAGACAAAUGAGAAAUUUGAUAUUGCUGUCACAGUUUAAUCUCUUUUAAAGAAAUUGCUCACGUUUGAUUGGGAACUUUGUCACCUUUUGCAAUGUUCCUUGCUAUGCUGUAUUAGUGAUGAAAUGGCAUUUGUGACACCAUAUUACUUUAAGAGCAACAGGUUGCUGGAUGGAGUUCCCAUAGUAAAAUAUGGACAUUCGAAAGGCCAAAUUGGACCUGUACACGCAUGCCAAGAAACUACAACAGAAAUAAGAACUCCGUCUGGAUUUAAAGUGAGUAUCUUGGCUGGGAUUGUUAAGGUCCAUGAAGCUUGUGUUGUUCUAUGCAUAAUGAAGUUUAUAAAUCACUUAAUAAAUUCUUAAUCUUUGGCCAUGGAUAAGGACAGAUAUUACUCAAGCCUUUUGAAUUGGGUUACCUUUGAGGUGUAGGGUCAAAUUUGAGUCUUUAUGUGAGCUGUAUUUCCCUUUUUCUCUGACCACAGAUCACAACAUUGUUUUUGUGAGAUGUUAUAUUUGUUUUGUUUUGAUUAUGCUUUCAUCUACCGAUAAGAGUAUAGUACUCUCAGCUCUAUUUAAUACAUUUUACCAUGUUUAAUUCCAUACCACAGGACUCUGACACACAGAAUCCCUGCACCCCCCCCCCCCCACCCCAGUGCAGUGCCAGGGAUGAUAAAAGUCAGCAGAUUCCUUCUUGGCUGGAUUGUUUUGUAACCUUUGAGUUCUUAAUUAUGAUUUAUACCCUAGCUGUUUAAUUUCCCUUUUCUAGAUAUUGAUUGCUUGUUCUGCUCCAAAUAAAUGACAGCAGAGAUGGUGACUGUGUGUGUGUAGAGAUUGUGUGUUCAGGUAAACAUGUUUUACGAGGACUAUUCACUGGCACUAUUCUAGAUUAUACACAUGUAAUUAUGCUAUAAACGUGGUUUAUGAGGACAUUUCAAGUGUCCUCAUAAACCAAAAGGCUUAAAAACACACUAAACAAUGUUUUUUGGAAAAUGUAAAAAUGCAGAAAGUUUUUUGUGAGGGUUAGGUUUAGGGGUAGGGUUAGGGUGAGGGGAUAGAAUCUAUAGUUUGUACAGCAUAAAAUACAUUAUGGCAAUGGAGAGUCCUUGUAAACCACAAAUACCAAUGUGUGUGUGUGUGUGUGAUGGACAAGUAAAGCAGACGAUGUGUCAGUGUUUGAAAUGAAAGACAUGUUAUAAUUUAAUGAUCAGUAUUUGUGCAUCUCCAUGUAGCAGCACAAGGGGAAUGUGAUGCAAUUCUAAUGCAUCUUCAGAAUGUCUGCAAGUGUGAAGUGUGUGGGUGGGUUUGGGUGGUUUACGAGGAAAUUUUUUUUAGGUUACAAACUGGUAAUUACAAGGGUAUUAUGCUAUAAAUGUGGUUUAUGAGGACAUUUCUUGCUUAAAAAACAUACUAAACGAUGUUUUAUUAAAAAUGUAAAAAUGCAGAAAGUUUUUUUGUGAGGGUUAGGUUUAGGGGUAGGGGACAGAAUCUAUAGUUUGUACAGUAUAAAAAUCAUUAUGUCUAUGGAGAGUCCUCAUAACAUGUGUGUGUGUGUGUGAUAUUUCUCACUAUGUGUGUGUGUUCACUGUUUCCAUGGUAUGUGAAGUCCGGGUCGCUACCAACAGGCAUAUAACAGUACAUGCAGAUGCAAAUAAAAUGCUUCAUUAAAUGGCCACUUCUUUGUUUGUUUGUUCAUUUAAUGCCACAUUUAUUGCUUCAUUAAAUGGCCAUUUCUUUGUUUAUUGCUAAAUGAAUACAUUGGUCCUGCUGUUAUAUAUGGGCUCUAUUAGCAAAAAAUGGUAACACUUUACAAUAAGGUUCCAUUCGUUAAAUUAGUCUGCAUUUUGUAUCAUGAACUAACAAUGAACAAUGUAUUAUUUUUUUUUUUUUACAGCAUUUAUUAAUCUGCGUUAAUGUUGGAUAAUAAAAAUACAGUUGUUCAUUGUUAGUUCAUAGUGCAUUAACUUAUGUAACAUAUGCAACUUUUGAUUCUAAAAUGUAUUAAUAUAUGUUGUAAUUGACAUUAACCAAAGUUAAUAAAUUCUGUUAAAGUAUUGUUGAUGUUAACCAAUGUUAACAAAUGGAAACUUAUUGUAGUGUUACCCAAAAAUGAUCAAAAUUCAAGUUUGAUUGAGAUGAGGUACCUAGAGAUGUCUGGAUCACAUGAUAUUAAAGGAACAGUUCACCUAAUGAAAAUAAUGUUGUUCUUUCUUUUGUGCAAUGGAAAUAAUAUGUUGAGCAGAAUGUCUGAUCAUUCACUUUCUCUGCUCCUCUGUGGUGGAAUGAGCUUCCAGUCUCCACACGGUCUGCUAUAACCAUCUCAGCAUUCAAGAACCAGCUUAAAACGCAUCUGUUCUGUGAGCACUUAACCAAUCCACUAUAACUGUACUAAUAAUUA